GAAAGAGGGAGGGAUAUGAAAAUCAUUUCUUGAGCGAAGGGAAAAGAAGAUCUCUACUAAAGCAGUGGAAAGACUCAAACCUCAUUGCGACGUUCGACAUCGAUUCUGUUCUUAAUCCGUUUGGCUGAAACUUAAUCCAAAUCCGAUAAUGAGUCCCGUUGAUUCCAACCAGGCGAACCAUGGUAUUCUCUGCCCCGAAGCUCCAAUUCAACGAACACAGUAUCCCUAUGUGACUGGGACAUCCGUGGUUGCCAUCAAAUACAAAGAUGGGAUUUUAAUGGUUUCCGAUUUGGGAGGCUCCUAUGGUUCCACAUUGCGGUAUAAGAGUGUGGAGCGAAUCAAAGCUAUUGGAAAACAUUCUCUACUUGGUGCAAGUGGAGAAAUUAGUGAUUUUCAGGAGUUGUUGCGAAAUCUCGAUGAGCUCAUCUUGUAUGACAACAUGUGGGAUGAUGGUAAUGCUCUCGGGCCCAAGGAGAUCCAUAGCUACUUGACUCGAGUGAUGUAUAACAGGCGGAACAAGUUCAACCCACUUUGGAACUCACUUGUUCUUGGUGGAGUAAAAAAUGGGCAAAAGUAUCUCGGCACGGUUAAUAUGAUAGGUGUAACUUUUGAAGAUGACCAUGUUACUACUGGUUUUGGCAACCACCUUGCACGGCCAAUUCUUCGUGAUGAGUGGCAUGAGAACCUGACUUAUGAAGAAGGUGUGAAAUUGCUGGAGAAAUGUAUGAGGGUACUCUUAUACCGUGAUAGGUCGGCUGUCAACAAGCUCCAGAUAGCAAAAAUAACUGAAGAAGGCGUGACAAUCUCCCAACCUUACUCCUUAAAAACAUUCUGGAACUACGCUGCUUUUGAGAAUCCCACUUCUGGCGCUGAAGGAUCAUGGUAGAUUGAAGCUACCUCGUUUAUUUCAGGUUCCAUUUUCAUGAAUCGCUGUUCGGAUCAAGAGUUGUGAAACAAUUGACAUAUCAAAAGUUAGAUGCGUCUUAGAUACUUAUUAUUGGAUUGUAUGGAAUGUCUACUUGGAACUAUCUGUUUAUAUCCAACUCAGUGCAUGUUGACUUCAUUUUCUUGACUUUUUUAUAAUCACAAUCAGUUGCUUUUUCAUUAUUA